AUGCGCGCGUCGCGCUUCGCCUUGUCUGGGGCCUUCAGCGCCCCAGUAGCCCCCGCGAGGUCCCUCAGGCCUUUCGCUGACCUGCCAAUUGCACAAUGGACCGUCCCGCCGGUUGCCGCCCGCCGGCAUUUCUCGUCCACGCCUUCUCCCUUCUUCCGCCACGCAUCCCUCGUCCCGACAACGUCACCGGCCUGCCAACGAGCUGCUGCCUUGGUGAAACCGAUUUAUAGACCAGCAAAUGGCUUCUCAACGCCUGUUCGAGUUUUCGCUACCUCUAGGGUCCUCGCCGAGGCUCGACAGUCGUACCAGGAAGAGAUGAAGAAUAAGGGCGUUGUGGACAAGGAAGACGUGGACGAGGAAGAUCGAGACUUUACAAAGUCCGAAAAGGCUUCGCAAGCGGCUCAGGUCAAUCUCAGCGCCAAGCUGAGUAGAGAAGGUUCCGGCAAAGGCAGGACUGGUGGCAUGAAAGAAGUCGUCAGGCUUGUCAAAAUCGCCAGGCCCGAAUCAAAGUCACUGGGCCUUGCCUUCUUGUUCCUCCUGGUCUCGUCCACCGUUUCCAUGUCCAUUCCGUUCUCCAUUGGAAAGAUCAUCGACAUCGCUACCAACGAAAAGAGCAAAGCUCUGCCCUUCGACCUCGACAUCACGACCUUCUACACGGCUCUUGCCGGUGUCCUCGUGCUCGGAGCCGGCGCCAACUACGGACGGAUCAUAAUCCUCCGUAUUGUCGGUGAGAGAAUUGUCGCGCGGUUAAGGUCUCAGCUCUAUCGCAAGAUCUUCAUCCAAAAUGCCGAAUUCUUCGACGCGAACCGUGUGGGAGAUCUCAUCUCUCGCUUGGGCUCUGACAGCAUCAUCGUCGGCAAGAGCAUCACUCAGAACCUCUCGGAUGGACUCCGGUCUCUUGUGAGCGGGGCUGCUGGUCUUGGCAUGAUGGGAUGGGUUUCGUUGAAGCUUACUGCUGUGCUCGGUGUCAUGUUCCCUCCUGUCGCUGUCGCUGCGUUCCUCUUCGGCAGGUACAUGCGCAACAUCAGCAGGAAGAUCCAAAGGAAUCUCGGUACCCUCACCAAGAUCGCUGAGGAAAGACUUGGCAACGUCCGUACCUCGCAAGCUUUUGCUGGUGAGAUCCAGGAAGUGGGACGCUACAAUCGCCAGGUCAAGAGGAUAUUCGAGCUCGGCAAGAGAGAAGCGUUGGUGGCAGCCACGUUCUUCGGAAGCACCGGAUUGAUGGGCAACAUCACGAUUCUGGCAGUGCUUUACGUCGGUGGUGGUAUGGUCAAGUCAGGCGGCAUCAGCAUCGGAGAGCUUUCUUCUUUCCUCAUGUAUACGGCGUAUGCUGGAUCCAGCAUGUUUGGUCUGUCUGGCUUCUAUUCUGAACUAAUGAAGGGCGUUGGUGCUGCCAGUCGACUUUUCGAACUGCAAGACCGCGACCCUACCAUCCCCCCAACUGUUGGCCAGCCGGUCAAGUCGGCACGUGGGCCGAUCAGGUUUGAGAAUGUAUCUUUCAGUUACCCUACGCGGCCUGCUGUCACCAUUUUCCAGGAUCUGAACUUCGAAAUCCCAGAGGGUACCAAUGUCGCCAUCGUCGCCCCAAGCGGUGCUGGCAAGUCGACUGUUGCCAGUCUUCUGCUUCGAUUCUACACGCCCAACACGGGCAGGAUCACAAUCCACGGCAAGGAUAUCAAGGGCAUGAAUGCCAAGCAGCUUCGCCGCAAGAUUGGCUACGUUGGGCAAGAACCGGUCCUCUUCUCUGGAACGAUUGCGGAGAACAUUUCCUACGGCCAGCCUCAUGCAACACGCUCGGAGAUCGUUGCGGCUGCAAGAAAGGCCAACUGCCAGUUCAUCAGCGAUUUCCCCGACGGCCUUGAGACGCAUGUUGGCGCACGGGGCACGCAGCUCUCCGGGGGUCAGAAGCAACGCAUUGCCAUCGCACGAGCCCUUCUCAAGCAGCCUGACAUUCUGAUAUUGGAUGAAGCCACCAGCGCACUAGACGCCGAGUCCGAAACUCUGGUCAACCAAGCUCUUGGGGCGUUGCUUAGGGGUAACAACACCACCAUCAGCAUUGCGCAUCGCCUGUCUACGAUCAAGCGAUCCGACCGCAUCAUCUGCCUCAGCUCGGAUGGCCAUGUCGCGGAAGAAGGCACUUAUUCUCAGCUCUCAUCGCGCCCCGACGGAGCUUUCGCCAAGCUCAUGGAGUGGCAAAUGAGUGGCGGUGAAUCAAUGUCGGCACAAAGGCGCGACAACCACGUCACGGAGAGCGAGGAAAUCGAGGCAGACCUUGAGGCGGACAGUGAGGGCGAAGAGAUGAUGGAUGACGAUGUUGCCAAGACCAGAAAGGGAAAUGUCACGUCAGGCGAGGUGGUGCUGGAGCGGACCAAGACGCACGAUCGGUGA